AACUCUCCUUAGAGAACCGCCAACACGGGACGAUGCAGGCCCACGAGUUGUUCGGGUAUUUUCGAAUGCCGGAGCUCGUUGACUUCCGACAGUACAUCCGCACGCUCCCCACCAACACGCUUAUGGGCUUUGGGGCGUUCGCGGCACUCACCACGUUUUGGUACGCCACGAGACCCAAGGCCCUGAAGCCGCCAUGCGACCUCUCCAUGCAGUCGGUGGAAGUGGCGGGUAGUGACGGCGCUCGGAGAUCCCCGCUACUUAACAGUGAUGAACCCUUGGUUUAUUUCUAUGACGAUGUCAGAACAUUAUAUGAAGGCUUCCAGAGGGGCAUACAGGUGUCAAAUAAUGGACCUUGUUUAGGCUUUCGGAAACCAGACCAGCCCUAUGAGUGGCUUUCAUACAAAGAGGUUGCAGAAAUGUCUGAAUGUGUGGGCUCGGCGCUGAUCCACAAGGGCUUCAAGGCCUCCCCGGACCAGUACGUUGGCAUCUUUGCUCAAAACAGACCUGAGUGGGUGAUUAUCGAGCAGGGAUGCUUUGCUUUUUCCAUGGUGAUCGUUCCACUCUACGACACCCUCGGAGCUGAUGCGAUCACAUACAUAAUCAACAAAGCUGAGCUCUCCCUGAUUUUUGUUGACAAGGCAGAGAAGGCCAAACUCUUACUGGAUGGUGUAGAGAAUAAGUCAAUACCAGGCCUUAAAUUCAUCGUUGUCAUGGACUGCUUCAGCAGUGAUCUGACGGAACGAGGCAAGAAGAGCGGGGUGGAAAUCAUCAGCAUGCAGGCAUUGCAGAACCUGGGGAAAGCCAACAGAAGGAAGCCCAAGCCUCCAGCACCUGAAGAUCUCGCAGUAAUUUGUUUCACAAGUGGGACUACAGGCAACCCCAAAGGAGCCCUGAUCACCCACCGAAAUAUAGUGAGCGAUUGCUCAGCUUUUGUGAAAAUGACAGAGAACAUAGUCAAUCCUUGCCCAGACGAUACUUUGAUUUCUUUCUUGCCCCUGGCCCAUAUGUUUGAAAAAGUGGUUGAGUGUGUCAUGCUGUGUCACGGAGCUAAAAUAGGAUUUUUCCAAGGAGAUAUCAGAUUGCUGAUGGAUGACCUUAAGGCACUUCAACCCACUAUCUUCCCAGUGGUUCCCAGGCUGCUGAACCGGAUGUUUGACCGAAUUUUUGGACAAGCGAACACUGCGGUAAAGCGCUGGCUGUUGGACUUUGCUUACAAGCGAAAAGAAGCAGAGCUUCGCAGUGGCGUCAUUAGAAACAACAGCCUGUGGGAUAAGCUCAUCUUCCACAAGAUACAGUCGAGCCUGGGAGGGAAGGUCAGGCUGAUGGUCACGGGAGCUGCACCAGUGUCCGCCACCGUGCUGACGUUUCUGAGAGCAGCGCUUGGCUGUCAGUUUUAUGAAGGCUACGGUCAGACAGAGUGCACUGCCGGCUGCUGCCUGAGUAUGCCUGGAGACUGGACAGCAGGCCAUGUCGGCGCCCCAAUGCCUUGCAAUCAUGUAAAACUCGUGGAUGUGGAAGAAAUGAAUUACAUGGCUUCCAAGGGUGAGGGUGAGGUGUGUGUGAAAGGGCCAAAUGUAUUUCAGGGCUACUUGAAGGACCCAGCACAAACAGCAGACGCUUUAGAUAAAGACGGCUGGUUGCACACAGGGGACAUUGGGAAAUGGUUACCGAAUGGCACCUUGAAGAUUAUCGACAGGAAAAAACACAUAUUUAAACUGGCACAAGGAGAAUACAUCGCACCUGAAAAAAUUGAAAACAUCUACGUGCGAAGUGAACCUGUUGCUCAGGUGUUUGUCCAUGGAGAGAGCUUGCAGUCAUUUCUCAUAGCAAUUGUGGUACCAGAUGUUGAAACCUUAGUCCACUGGGCCCAAAAGAAAGGCUUUCAAGGAUCCUUUGAAGAACUGUGCAGAAGUAAGGAUGUCAAAAAGGCUAUCCUAGAUGACAUGGUGAGGCUUGGGAAGGAUUCCGGUCUGAAACCAUUUGAACAGGUCAAAGGCAUUGCCCUACACUUGGAAUUGUUUUCUGUUGACAAUGGCCUCCUGACUCCAACAAUGAAGGCUAAAAGACCUGAGCUACGGAAUUAUUUCCGGCCCCAGAUAGAGGAACUCUAUUCCACCAUCAAGGUCUAAUGUGAAGAAGGGAGCCUGGGAAACAGAAGUAAAAGCAAACCGCACACCUCCACAGUCUGUUCUCCUGAUGACCUCCGGUUGGUAAUUUGGACUGCAGCACGCACAGGGAAGGAAACCUUCGUGUCUGACUUAUCCCCUCGGGGUUCUUGUCACAGAACUAGCCGAGGAAAUGGAACACUGCCUUACUGUCACCUCGUGUUGCAGACCGUGUCUAUAGUGAUAAACAAUUCCCAAAACGAGCCUUAAAAAUUGUAAAGCGGAAACUAUAAAUGUGCUAAGUUAUUUGAGACUUCCUCGAGUUUAAAAAGUGGGUGUUAAAACUUCUGUUUCUCUGUUUUUCUAACCACGGGGGUUAGGACUUUGCUAUUUCCGAGAUGUCUGCCACGUGCUGCAGAUUCCGCAGCGCUGCGCUACGGGUACAGCGCACUGAGCGCAGUUGUCCAGACUGGAGAAAGUCCAAGUGGACCAGAGAUUUCCUUCCUUCCUUCAGUCCCACUCCCCAUCCUUCCUCAUCUCACACGCACUCACACAGCCCCUCUGAUUCAAGGUGGGGAAGCUCACGCCCCUCUCUGUGGCCCCUCUUGUUCAGAAGGACAGAGCCAACUGCUGUGUCUCCGAGGGACGCUCACGGGGUGAAUGGACUGUCACCCAUGCUGCACCCAGUCUCCCAGACUCUGCUUUCCGGACUUGGCUCCCUCCCCCCAGGGGGUACUGAAAAAUCUGCCUUAGACUCCACAGUGAAGACCGAGGUGAGGGCCUGAGUAAACUGUGUUCAACCGUGACCCCUGAGUUCCUGUCCACCUACUCUUCACUGCAGCAGUCACUGUUUGUAAUGGCCAACAGGUGUUUCAUGUGGUUUUCAUAUUAAAAAGAGACGACUGUGUGUGCUGUGCUUAACUCGCUUUUGUCCCCCUCCCCGCUCCCCACCGGAAUAAACUCUCAGGCAAAGUCUGUCUUUGGAAAAAUAUUAAGGGAGGAGAUUGUCUUGGGUCCUUGUUGAAAUGGGCAGCGAUAAGCAAAUGUUCUUCUAUCACAGUGCUACAUGAUUUCUAUGAAAUAUAUCUGAAAAGCCAAACUUCUAGAAUGUAGAUAUCUGGAAAAGAAAAAAAAUUAUUUCCUGGGUUUCACUUCUCAAGGGAAUUUUUUUUUUUUUGAGGUCAUUUGGGUAAAUUAGCAGCAUUUCAUUUUACUGCCAGCCUUUGCCACAUUUGACUGAAUGAAGUUAUCAUUUAUACAUUGGAAGCAGUUGUUUUUUGGGUAUGUGAGAGUCCGUGUGUUAAUCAAGCACAACAGGGUUUGCAUAAAGAACUGUCACUGUAAUAACACUAUUUGGUAGCCUACCAUCAUCUGUGUAUUCUGACUUGCACAAAAAGUCAAUAAUUUGUCACCUUGGGGUUUUGAAUGUUUGCUUUAAGUGUUGGCUCUUUCUAUGUUUUAUAAACCAAAACAGAAUUUCCAAAAACAAUGAAGGAAACCAAAAUAAAUAUUUCUGCAUUUCAA